GGACGUUUGAAACGGCAACAACGAACUGCCUUGUUAAAAAAGGGUUGAAACGGCGGAAGAAAGCAGGAGCGGGGAGGAGAAUUAGAAGACCAUCACCCACCUCCUCCCUCGCGCCUUCGCCUGAACAUUGACAAAGUGCGUAAUCUGCUGGCAAACCAGUUACAUAUAAUGACUACUGCAAAUGGAUUAGUAAAUGGCCAUGCGAAGGAGCCAAUUUUCUCUUUUGGGGUUAUAUCUGAUGUCCAGUAUGCUGAUAUUCCUGAUGGCCGCUCAUUCAGGGGUGUCCCCAGAUACUACCGGCACAGCUUUCAGGUACUGCAAAGGGCAGUCAACAACUGGAAUGAUCUCAGGAAGCUCAGAUUUUCAGUCAACUUUGGGGACAUUGUCGAUGGGUUCUGUCCCAAAGAUGAGUCCCAAACAAUGGUAGAGAAACUCAUUACGGAAUUUGAGAAAUUUGAUGGUCCCGUCUAUCACAUGAUCGGCAACCAUUGCCUUUACAACCUCCCUCGUAAAAAAUUAGUCGCAUUGCUUAAGAUGCCUUCUGUCAGUGGCCAUGCAUACUAUGACUUCUCCCCAACUCCUGAGUACCGGUUUAUUGUUCUAGAUGCCUAUGACUUUAGUGCCCUUGGUUGGCCACAGGAUCAUCCAAUCUCAAUUGCAGCAAGGAAGUUUUUGGAGGAGAAGAAUCCAAAUGCUGAUAAAAACAGCCCAAAUGGCAUGGUUGGCCUUGAUAGAAGAUUUUUGAUGUUCAACGGGGCUGUCGGGAAGGAACAAUUAGAUUGGCUCGAUAGCAUCCUCCGAGAUUCCACCAAGUGCAAGCAGAAGGUAAUCAUAUGUUGCCACGUUCCUCUAGAUCCUAAAGCAGCAUCCUCAGAGGCACUUCUUUGGAACUAUGAAGAAGUAAUGGAUGUGAUACACCGGUAUAAAUGUGUGAAAGCUUGCUUUGCUGGUCAUGAUCAUAAAGGUGGGUACUCGGUUGAUCCUCAUGGCAUUCAUCACCGUGUCCUUGAGGCUGCUCUGGAGUGUCCUCCUGGUUCAAAUGCAUUUGGCUACAUAGAUGUCUAUCAUGACAGGAUAUCACUUAUAGGUACUGAUCGAAUGAUGAGCACUGAGAUGUUCUUCAGUUCUUAAGGAAUCAGCUUUUUUCUUUUGAGUGAGGGAAUCGGUAUAAUGUUGAAUACUGUACUCCCUAUGUUAUUGCUUAAGUGGCGGGCAGAAUCUGAUUAGAAAACUGUAGUGUUUUUCAUGAUCUGCAAAUGACAAUGUAGAACUUGGUGACCAAGAGACCUAAUAGAUUUUUUACUUUUCCAAA